CUACAUUCUGCAAUGUAGGAACGAGAAUCACCACACGAAAACUAAAUGACUCAGUGCUCUUUUAUAGGUCGAAGUUAAUCACUCGUGAGAGAUAAGAAAGAAGCCAUUCCCCCGAAAUUCAUGAACAUCAACCAUAUAUCUCAGAUCGAAAGUUAUUGACUUGUUUACCGAUACUGAAUAACAAAUAAAAACCUUCAAUAUCGUCGAUUCAUCCCAGAUUAUUCCAAGAUGAACCCUCUUAUACUCAGUCAUAUGCGCCCUUUACGCCAUGCGGCCCUUCGUAGCGGCCGCAUCAUAUCACCACAAGUUUUCAUGGUCGCUAAUCGGCACCAUAAUACCAACGCAAAACUAACUCAUAAGUCCUCCUGGACUCACCCAAUAUAUACCCGAGAAGAGAUCCUUGCCGUCCGAACCGCCCAUCACAAAGCCCACACAUGGCAAGAUAGAGUAGCCCUUGGAUCAGUUCGGUUCCUACGAUGGGGCAUGGACUUGGUCACGGGUUAUAAGUCACAGUCUGGCACUGGGUUGACGACAAAAGGCUACGCGAUGUCUGAGGAGAAGUGGAUCACUCGUUUCAUCUUCCUGGAAAGUGUUGCAGGGGUCCCUGGAAUGGCAGCCGGGAUGCUCCGUCACCUCAAAAGUCUAAGGCAGAUGAAGAGGGAUCAUGGAUGGAUCGAGACACUCCUCGAGGAGGCCUAUAACGAGCGCAUGCAUCUGCUCACAUUCCUCAAACUCGCCGAGCCAGGCCCCCUUAUGCGACUCAUGGUCCUCGGCGCACAAUCCGUAUUCUUCUCUGGCUUCUCCCUUGCCUACAUGAUCUCUCCACAAAUCUGUCAUCGAUUCGUCGGAUACCUUGAGGAGGAGGCUGUGAUCACCUACUCCAAAGCAAUUAAUGAUCUCGACAACGGUCACCUCCCGCAGUGGGAGAACUUGCAAGCACCGCAGAUGGCUAUCAAGUACUGGCAAAUGCCAGAAGGCCAGCGGUGUAUUCGAUCGCUGCUGUUGUAUGUACGCGCGGAUGAGGCCAAGCAUCGAGAGGUCAACCACACACUCGGGAACCUGAAUCAGACUGAUCCUAACCCGUUCUCGGCUAAGUUUAAGGUCCGCGAUGCGCUGUCGCAGCUCGAAGUUGAUGGAGCUAAGAAGCAGUUCUAAGAAAACAGAGCUGUUGGGCUUUUAUCAUUUUCUUUGUUGUUCACAUUCUUUUAGAGGUUUUCCAUACAUAGAAAGAUUUCGUCGCGGACUAAUCAACAGAUAAUAAUACAGAUGCAAAAUUUCAUAGCG